AUGAUCUACGUCCCCUUCGUAGUCGGCGCGGGCGCGUUCUCUAUACUGAAUGCCUGCGGCUCGAUCGCGUGCUGGUACGGCAGCCGACGUCGAGUGAUGCUCUUAACCGGCGCUAUUAACACAUGCAUCAGCGGUGCGGCUGUCGUCAUGUAUCCGUACGACGCAAAGCUGUCUAGAGUAUACAUGUGCGCCGCAGCCACGUCUGCGUCCGCACAAUACCUUCUGCACGCGAUGCGGACCCCUCAGCUACUUGCGCCGUCCAUGAUGAACUCUCUGUAUGCGCUCUGGUCGGUGGGGCUUCUUGUGUACGCCUUUCAGCACGCCCGUUGGGUGUACGCGUUGCGGUACGACUGA